CGGUGAGCGUGACGCCCCGCUCUGCGGCCUCCGCAUUCAUUUCAUAUCAAAUCGCACACACUCAUCCAUACACACAGAUCGCACUGUCUUGAGAGUUAAUUCUGCGAAAAGCGAAUCGCGAGCCAAAAGGAAACGUCAGUGAAAAAGAAGAGGCGCAGCGAAAGAUGGCCGAGAAGGUGCCCGAGGCGGAGGCGGCUCCGGCCGGGGGCGGCAGUGUGCUGGUCGAGGUGCUGCUGCAGAUCGUGUCCAGUCCCCUCAACAUCGCCCUCGUCGGGCUCAUCCUCGUGUUGCUGUACAAAAUCUGGAAGAGCCGACAGCCGUCGGCGGCCGCCGCGGCCCACGUGUCCGAACCUGAGCUGCCGAAGCUGCGCAAGGACUUCACCGUGGAGGAUUUGCGCGCCUUCGCCGGCGACUCCGGCGACGGCCGCAUCCUCAUCGCCGUCAACGGGAAGGUCUUCGACGUCACCAGGGGCCGCAGGUUCUACGGCCCAGGCGGACCGUACGCGGCCUUCGGCGGCAGGGACGCGAGCAGGGGCUUGGCCACCUUCCAGGUCGGCCCUGGCAAAGACGAGUACGAUGACCUCAGUGACCUUACCCCCGCCGAGAUGGAGUCGGUGCGCGAGUGGGAAAUGCAGUUCACCGAAAAAUACACUUACGUGGGUCGUCUGCUGAAGCCCGGUGAGAAACCCACAGAUUAUUCUGAGGAAGAGGAGGAUCAGGUGGAAAAGCCCAAGGACGAAUGAGGAAUGCCUGGAGAAGAAUUGGGACCUACAAGAAUGAAAAGAACCCCUCUCUCCAAACAAACCUCCAUCAAGUAUUCUCCGAUUGACUUUUCACGGAACCGCCUCUCUCCGAUUCUUUUCAACACGGCCUGUGCUGGCAAAAAUUGUGUGGGAAAUUGUACUGGGUCUCUUUCUAGGAUUAUGUUCAUUUGUGCCGAUUUUAUCCUUAAUUGAUUCCAUUGUUGUUAGUUUUGCCUCGUUUCCGAUUGCUUUUAAGGCUUUUAAUAAAUUAAGAAGAAGUUGGAAGAAGCUGGAGGCUUGCACUUAAGAUUUAUAUUUUAAUUCGUAAGAAGAGUUAAAACGGGAGUGGAUUUUUGCUUUCGUUCAGUGCUUUCAUUAUAACCGGCUGGCACUGGAAUUGUCUGAUAGUUAAAAGUAAAACUGAAGGAUUUGCCUCGAAGAUUCUACCACGCAGAAAAAAAUGCAACCCGAAUCAGCAUAUCAUUUUGUCAGAAGCAGUUAGUCCAGAUCAGGCAACUUAUUUUAUUUUUCAUUGUCAUUUGUAAAAUCUGUGAUGCGAGCAUGAAAAUCUUUCAUUUUAAAUGUAAUUUUGUAUGAAAAUUUUAACCGUUUGUUAGUUGCCAACUAGUUGAGAAAAAAAUUGUAAACCCCAAAUCUCACGUAUUCUGAUUGUUGAGUUUUGUUCCUGGAUUGUUGGAAACUGAUUCGCCAAGUAAAUGAACCGAAAUGAUUUUAAUGCUGAUGUGCCUCGGUUUCAAAGCAACUCAAUCACCACCUACACUUGUACACAAACAGAGGACAAUGCUCUUAGUUGCUGUUCAGAUAUGUAUUUUUCUAUUGGAAUGACUGUUGAAGUAAGCGACUGCAAGAAUUGGUCAGAAGAAUACGGAUGGAGCAUUUUUAUUAAGACUGAAUUAGGGCGCUAAAUUAAAUUGCUGCACCAACAUUCACCAGUUUACUGUUAAACGAUGCCUGUUUUUACUUAAUUUUAACGCACCUAUUUGAAUUGAAAAUUCUGAUUUCCGCCUUUGCAUUACUUUGUAAUCAAUGUAUCAGUGUAUCUCUUUGGUUAUGGAAUGCCUUUUGAAAUUAGUUCCGUGUACUUGUACAUUUGUAAUAAAUGUGGAAGCAGCUUCAAUUAAAA